GGCGAAACCGACGACGCCCGCCGAGGCCUUCCUGCGGAGCAUCCGGAGGCGGUCGCUGCGCGUGCGGCGAUCCAAGUCGCUGGUCAUCGACCACGCCAGCGAGAAGCGCAAGUCCGACUCGUUCGUGAACAGCCAGGAGUGGACGCUGAGCCGCGCGGUGCCCGACCUGCGGCUGGGCAUCGUGGGCAGCCUGGCGUCGGGCAAGUCGGCGCUGGUGCACCGCUACCUGACCGGCUCCUACAUGCAGGAGGAGUCGCCCGAGGGCGGCCGCUUCAAGAAGGAGGUGCUCUGCGACGGCGGCUCCUACCUGCUGCUCAUCCGCGACGAGGGCGGACCGCCAGAGAUGCAGUUCAGCGCGUGGGUGGACGCCGUCAUCUUCGUGUUCAGCCUGGAGAACGAGGCCAGCUUCAACGCCAUCUACACCUACUACACCAAGAUGGCGCACUUCCGCAACUCGGCCGACAUCCCGCUCAUCCUGGUCGGCACCCAAGACGCCAUCAGCGAGAGCAACCCGCGCGUCAUUGACGACGCGCGCGCGCGGAAGCUGGCGGCCGACCUGAAGCGCUGCUCCUACUACGAGACGUGCGCCACCUACGGCCUCAACGUCGAGCGCGUCUUCCAGGACGCGUGCCAGAAGAUCGUGGCGCAGCGCCUGGCGGCGGCGGUGCCCGCCCCCGCGCCCGCGCCGCCCCCGGCCGCCCCCGGAGGCGGCUCGCGGCCCCCGACGCCCAGCGGCGCGCCGCACUUCGCCGUCCCGCAGGCUCCGGCGCCCACGGUGCAGAGGCCGUCUUCGCAGCACCAGCUGCAGCAGCAGCAGCAGGCGGCGUCGCCCACCAACAACGGCAGCAGCUGCACGCUGCUGGGGGGCAGCCAGCCCAGCCUGGUGGCCGCCUCCGCCUCCGCCGCCGCCGCCUCCGCCUCCCCCAACCACGCCAGCACCCUCACCCACAAGGAGGCGGCGAGCGUGGCGGGCACGCUGCGGCAGGUGCACACCCUGUCGUCGGCCGGCAAGCACCGCCAGCCGGCCCAGCAGGACUCGAACCGGCAGCUGGAGGCCGCGCCGCACGACAACAACAACGUGAAGGCGCUGGACAACCUGCAGCCGCCCGCGCAGGGCCGCGACAAGGACCUGCCCACGCCCUCCUCCACCCCCACCACCUCCAGGAAAAGCCGCAGGCGGUCGAACCUGUUCACUCCCUCCAAGAAGGGCGAGGACAAGCUGAAGAACGGCACGGAGCUGGGCAGUGGACGCGCCAUCCCACUCAAGCAGGGCUACCUGUACAAGCGCUCCAGCAAGGCGCUCAACAAGGAGUGGAAGAAGAAGUACGUGACACUCUGCGACGACGGCCGCCUCACCUACCACCCCAGCCUGCACGACUACAUGGAUGACGUGCAUGGCAAGGAGAUCUCGCUGCAGUACGUGACGGUGAAGGUCCCCGGGCAGAAGCCGCGCGGCUCCAAGUCCAUCGUCUCGGCCGGCGCUGGCGCCAACAACGGCAUCAACGAGAGCCUCAGCUCGCUCACCAUCACCAGUUUCCAAGGCAAGGAGAGGCGGACUGCGGACAAAGUGCUGCUCACUGCCUUCGAGCUACGCAGUGACCCUAGCAGCCGGCUCAUCCAAUCGUCCACCAAUGAAGACGCUGUGAUUCUGUCGAAUAAUGCCAUUUCCCAGUCACUCUUAAAUGGCACCGACAUGAAAAUAGAAACACCAAAUGUAAAGAAGAGGCACCGAAGAAUGAAAAGCAGUGGGAUGAAGAACACGGAAUGUGACGACUCUGACGGCUAUGAAUUCUUCAUUGUCUCCCUGGACAACAAACAGUGGCAUUUUGAAGCCAGCAACUCAGAGGAAAGGGAUGAGUGGGUUAUGGCCAUUGAACAGCAAAUCCUCAACUCACUGCAAGCCAACGAGAGCCUCAAGACGAAAUUCUACGGUGCUGACGCAGCAUCGCUGGAGGCGAUCAGGACGAGGGUUCCCGGCAACUCGCACUGCGUGGACUGCGAUUACCCCAACCCAGACUGGGCCAGUGUCAACCUGGGGGUUCUGAUGUGCAUCGAGUGCUCCGGCGUGCAUCGCAACUUGGGUUCCCACAUCUCGAGAGUGCGGUCGCUGCAUCUUGACGAGUGGACGCCGGGCCAGCUGAGCGUGAUGCUGGCGAUGGGGAACGCGACGGCCAACAGCCUGUGGGAGGCGUCACUGCACCCGGGCCGUGCCAAGCCGACGCCCAACUCGAGCCGCGAGGAGAAGGAGCGCUGGAUCCGCUCCAAGUACGAGCACAAGGAGUUCCUGGCGGCAGCGCCGGCGGGCGCGCCGCUGGCGCAACAGCUGGUGGAUGCCGUCUGCAGGAGCGACAUAAAGACGCUGGCGCUGCUGCUGGCGCACGCGACGCCGGACCAGGUGAACGCGACAGUGAGCGCGCGGGACCUACGCACGCCGCUGCACCUCGCCUGUGCCACCAGAAACCUCGCCGUCGCGCAGCUCCUCGUCUGGAACAACGCAAACGUCCGUGCCGUCGACCACGAGGGCAGGACGUGCCUCGCGUACGCCGCGGGCAGCGAAGAUAUCGAGCUGGUAGAACUGCUGGCGAGCUGCGCAUGGCAGGCCCCAGGUGGCGGCACGUAGCGGAGGGUGCCGCCCGACGUGACGGGCUGAAGCCGGCAGACCGGAGGUGGUGGGACGGGGCUCGAGGUGGUCCCUGCCACGCUCUGACUGUGAAUCUCAGCUGGUCGGCGCCACAGCCACCUUCUCUCUCUCUCCUCUCUCUCUCUCUCUCUCUCUCUCUCUCUCUCUCUCUCUCUCUCUCUCUCUCUCUCUCUUCCUAUGAGUUGUCAAUACUCAUGUGAGAAUUUUGUAUAUCAUUUCACUACCUUCUGUACUGGCCAGAAUUGCCUUUUUUGGUCUCUUCUGCUAUGACCUGAAGCUUCACCUUUUGUAUGAUAUUUAAUCAUUUCCUACACACACCUAAGGUUCUUCCUCCUUUGCACUACGUAUCCGUUACGAGAGCGUGUUUCUCGACUGCACUUUCUCACUUUCUGGGAACUAAUCUGGGCAUUUACUUGAAACUGAGUGUUUUAAGUAUACAGAAAAACUGUGUAUUUACUGGAGAAUUAAACUUUGUCUCGAUCACUUAUUAUUAGUGAUAAACCACGUACGAAACGACAUCUUCCCGAAAGGGAUUUCUAUAACAACAGUGGAAAUUCCUGUGUGGAAUAAUACAUAAAAUACAGGAAAGGUGACUCCUCUCCCAUAGCUGAGUGAUGUGUCGUGCACAGAAACACACAACAAGAAACUGUAUUUACAAUAGCGUUUGAGCUCUCGCUCUUUCUCUAGUAAACGUACACUCACUCACACACGCAACCACCCAGACACUCAAAUGCACACAAAGUUACGGCCGUAGAAGUGUCUAUUCUCAGGUGACCUGUAUGAGAAUGUAGGUGAUACUAAAAGCUAACAAACAUUAGACACUGAAAUGUCAGACCAGACAGCCUCCGCCUUACCCUAAGAGUGACACUCUUUGUCCCCUAGUGGCUCCGUCAGACGUGUUGCCUGUGCCAGAGGCAUACUUGUUUACUUUUAAUGUUGUGACGAUACUAGUACACUCGGUCUGAGGACGGGAACUCAUUUAUCGAAAGUGCACCAUUUAAAUGCGAUUCGUUGGUAAUUUGCGUGAUUUACCCAGAGUUUAAUGUCCGGUGUUGGCGACGACCGUGACCUUGUCUGCAGCUGUAAUGGAAAAAAUCUGCACUGUGCAUUUAUUGUCUGUCAACAUCCACACAGAAUCCGUACCACAAGCGCGAGUGAUUUGCUGAACCGUCUGCGUAUUGACAAUCUGUUUUAUAGUGUAAAGUUCUUAGUUCUGCACCUUUGAGACUGAUAGUGAAUUUUUUGUACCAACUGAAUUUCCAUUGUAUUUUGUAUGCCAAUUUGUCUUUUCACAGUUUACAGAUUUUUCAGUGCCACAAUUAUUCUGCCAAAAGUAUUCAUCCAGUCACCUGCAGAGAAAAAGAAAACUGUACGUGUAUUAUUAAACUCUCUUGCCCCAAACAUCUUUAAUUCUUGUAUAAAUGGCUAGAACAUUAGCUGUGUAUUCUAAACAAACUCAUACUGAAACACAUUAUCAAUAAAAAGAACAGUGCAACGGUAGAGAUGUGCUCGGAGUUUGCCAGACGGCACACAGUUGGGGGUCCUCGCAAUAUCCCUCAGCUGGUGUAGCCUCCCUGUUCUCUGUCAUUACACUUACUUAGUAGUUGUUGAAGACAAAUGAAAACUGUGGCCACAUAAGAUGCCCUCUCCUAAGAGUUGUUAGCUCUGGCAUUUUGGUACAUAUCUGUAGCUUUGUCUCUGCAGACGUGUAGAUUGAGUCGGCCCAAACAAAUGCCGCUCAUCUCAAGUUUUCUUCAAAGCUCGGUGUCAACGAGAAGUGUCAGUUUGUUUUUUUUAGAGUGACAUUUUAUGUUCGCAUUCAGUAUUGCCCCCCAGUGCAGUAUCCUACUGAAUGAUGCAAAUUAUAACAGGGACAGCAAAACACAGAAAAUAACCAGAAGUCCAGGAGUCAGGAAAGGGAGACUCAGCCAACAAAUAUCUACCGAUGUGUCAGUAUUGGCCGUUAUCAGCUGCUCGAGAGCAGACCUAGUGGACGCAUACCUGUACUGCUACAACAUUUGAGAUGUUUUGACUGAGGCGUGGUGUUUCAUUUUCUGCAUCUUUAAUGCAAUAACGUGGAUUAUAUUUUACUAUGGUUUGGCCCCCAGUUUUACUCCUUGUACCCAUAACUGUUUCUCACGCGACUCUCUCCUUCCCUCCCUCUGUGGGGUGUCAUCUUGCCUCUCGCACAAUACACCGACACAGGAGCAGUGAUAUUCAUUCCUUGAUGCACUACCGGCUAUUCUUCCUGUUUUGUUUUCCCUGUUAACACAUACUUACACCAAAUAUCAUUGUAGACUAAUUUGAGACUGCUCUAUCUAUGGGCAUGUAAAAUUCCACUUUCAGAAGACAGUUGACUAUAAUGAGGAAUAAAUUGACAUUUUUUGUUGACAUUGGACAUCACAUAAAACAUGUGAUGAGCAGUAAAAACAAAGUAAAAACAAAAUGACAAUAUCUGUCCAGGCACCAGAGUAACUGCACGAUCAUUAGGAGAAACACACACUGCAACAGACAAAUAAAAUUCAGAUCCUCAUACAGAAAUGUCGUCGACAUUUGGCAGUUUCCUGCCAUCUCUAAAGACGUUAGUGCAGUAUCACCAAAGCUGACUGACUCAUACGGUACACGGUGUGCCGACAUUCCGUUGACUAGUUUCAUAAAUCACAGUCGUAAGACUCUCGUGUUCUAAGAAGGCUUCAGCAUAAUAAGCUGGAAUUUCGCUGUAAAUACUUCCUCUACCUGUAGUGGCAGGCACGUGCUGUCGUCGAGUGCCUUCACGUACUGUUUCACGCUUUUUGUGCCUCUUUUAGUUUUGGAGUGCCACUGCUCUAAAUAGUGCCUUCUAGCCCAAAUGCUAAAGGCAGUAUAUUUGUCUGUAGAUUUGUGGAGUACCACUCACCACCUGAUCAUUUUCUACUGAGCUUAAACGCUAUGUAAACCUUUGAUUUAUUUUACAGCACUUUAUUCUUUUAUUGUGGUGUUGUUUCCUCAGUUUCUGAUUCUGCAUAACAGUGCCCUGUUUCUGACUGUUUACUCUGUGUACUACAAUAUUCUCACUUUAGUUAUUUCAGUGUGCUUUUAUUGUUCAGAGUUACUUCGUGUGUGCUAAUUUAUUCACCAUUAGUUUCCACAUUUGUUAAUAUAUAAAGUUAUGUAUAUUUUGUAUAUAUAUUGUUUCAGGAAUAUAUUUCUUCCACUUGUUGAAACAGUGUAAAUCAGUCCCUUUACAUCGUAGUGGAAAAAGAGCAAUAUAUUUAUAAAUACCUGCUGCUUUGAAGAUAAUCACUGUAUAUAAUAUAUGUAAAUACCAAUAUUUAUAAGAAAUGUAGACCAUACUUCAAGCAGUGUGUGUUUUGGGAAAUCCUUUCUUUUUUCUGUAUGUGGUUGUCUCUGAAUAUACAGGAUCUAAAUAAAGAUGUACCAUUCGAAUACUUUACAAGAUAAAAGUGUGUUUAUUUGUAUGCUGUCAGACCAUUUAGAGUUUCCUUCCUAUUGCUCUUACAAAAAGACAGUUUGAUGUAAUGUGAAAUUUAUCAGUAAUUCAGUUCUGACAACCACCCUUUUUUCUGUUCUCACCUUCUUUGCAGUUUGCAAAUGAAGGAGGAGCUAUUUGUUUCAUUGGAUGUUUCAAAAGAAGUAUGUGGAGUGUAGAAAACAUUAAAACAAAAAAUAAUAAACAUGUGUUAAUGAUGAUGCACAAGUUAUGGAUAGCUGAAUUGUUGCACCAAUGAUAGAGGUAGUUUACAUUAAUGUUACUGUGCCUGUUAUUUAUAAUAAUUAGCCAGUGUUGUUGCUUCUCUUCUGUACACUGUUUAUCAUCUAUGUGAAACAAUUAAUUUUGUAUUGUUGAUAUAUGAUAUACAUAAAAUUUUCCUUCAUUAAGAUUCAUUUAUGCAAUGCUACUUUUUUCCAAGUUGCUUUCAGAAGUGAAUUUUUGUAUGCUUCUUACAAAAGUUAUUUUUUGCUGAUGAAAAAUUUGACAGUGAUUCCUAACUUGUGUAAAAUUUGGCCAAAGAUUCUUGUAAAUAAUACCAGUCAUUUUUAUUAUGCCUGACGCUGUUACAAUAAAAUGAAUGACAUAAGC